UUUGUACUUGCUAACAUGCCUUUGCAACUUGCUACGUUUAACAGAGGUGCCGCGCUCGGGCUUGUUAUGACUUUCGGACGCUCUUCUUUCCUACCUCAAAGCUGCCUUUAAUUGAAUCGCAGACACUCUGUUCAAUAGCGAAGGUGACGUGAGAAUGGAAGACAUUCAGCACAAGUCAGAAAGGCACAUGAUGGACUAUAAUCUGCGAAGGGCAGUAACAGAAGGCAAUGUACAGCGAUUUAAUGAACUUUUGCAAGAUGAAAACCAGCCACCUCCAAGGACAUCCAGGCUUCUCCAAGGAGUGACAUCUGAUUGGGACGGAGUGCUCCAUAUUGCAGCAAGACUAGAGCAUGUUGAACUAGUGCGUGCCAUUUCCAAUGGAUGGGCCAUGUUAGUGGAUGUAGCAGCGAAGAACAGGAGAGGGGAGACUCCCUUGCACUGUGCGGCUGCCACCGAGGAACCCGAGAUGAUCAAUCUUCUCAUACCGAUGUCUGGAAGCCCUGAGAAGCAAAUGGAACUUCUCAGUGAAAGAAAGUGCAACGGGGAAACAUGUUUGCACGACGCAGUGCGGCGGGGGAACAGACAAGUCGCGAGUAGAUUGAUCGCGGCGGAUGUCAACGUGCAAUACAUUAGGGACAGAUGCAGAUGCCGUGCUCUAGUGCAAAUAGAGGAUAACGAAGGUGUUUCUCCUCUAUAUUUGGCUACAACUCUAGGCAACCUUGAAAUGGUUCAGCUCCUCACUGAAAGGCCACAAGAUCACAGAUAUGCGGCAUCCUGUGCUGGGCCUGAAAAGAAGACAGCUCUGCAUGCUGCAGUUCUUCUUCGAUACCGCAGCACAGAGAUCAGUGAACAUCUCGUGGCGUGGAAUGCUAACCUCAUAAAGAAGACUGAUCUAUAUGGGAACACGCCACUUCACCUUUUGGCAUCACGCUGGAGGACCAGGUACGCAGCUACUGCAAAACUUCUGUUGGAUAGGGACGCAAGCGCUGGAUACCUCUGGGAUGCCGAGGGAGCACUGCCCAUACAUGUCGCAGCUGCUAAUGGAUGUCUUGACAUGAUCAAGCUGUUGCUAGAGCAUUGCCCCGAUUGCUAUUGGCCAUGCAGUAACUUUGGCCAGACCAUCCUCCACAUUGCUGUCCAGCAAAAAAAUUACAAUGUAGUAAGGUAUGUAUGCUCAGGGCAAAGGUUCCUAGGAAUUCUUAACACCAGAGAUGCAGAUGGGAAUACGGCUCUUCAUUUGGCUGUAUUGAAAGGAAAUGUGUCCAUCUUCCGAGUGUUACUGGGGAUGAGGCAGAUCUUUUUGAGUCCCAUAAAUAAGGAGGAGUGCACGCCUCGAGAUCUUGCAUCCUUGGGCAUCCCACCUGGCGUGUCAUUUAUGCAACCCCGGCGAUGGAUAGCGUAUGACCUUCUACUUGCUAAGGCUGAACAUGGCACUGGUCGGCGGGAUCAUUUUUCUACCAACUUCACAGAAGCUGACAAGGAGAAGAAUUCCGAAGCAAUUAGCAAGUCAGCUGGGCUCAUGGCCGUCUGUGCGGUGCUUAUCCUGAACGUAGCAUUUGCGGCCCCUUUCAACGUGUCGAAAAUCUAUAUCGAUUCCAGCAACCCGAGCAGCACACUCAGGAGAGCAAGGAUGCACGUGUACAAAGCGUUCAUGGUCUCGGACGCCUUAGCAUUUGUCUUCUCGGCGGCAGCCACGUCUUGCUGCACAUUGGCAGGCUUUUCUGUUGCGGACAGGAGGACACGCUUCAACCACCUUGCAGUUGGAUGGCUGUUACUCGAGCUUGCCGCACUGUGUAUGCUCGCCGUCUUUAUGUCGGGGGUCUAUGUGGUCGCUUCUCCAGUUGGUUUCAGGUUCGCCAUCACUGCCUGUGCAUUUGCCAUUCUAGCCACUUUACCGCACCUCGCAAUGUCCGCCAUGCUGUUUCUUAGCGUACGGACCUUGAUCAAAAGGGUUGGUGCCCGAAAAUGGUGCCGCACCGUGCUUCCGCGCGUAUAUCUAUUUAGUCGAACGAUAAUUUCUGUGUUGGUACUCUCCGGGACUAUUAUAGGGUUAUCAUUCCUUUAAUUAGUUGACGAUGGGGUCAUCACUCAUACGUGCGCGCAUGGCAAGCUUCAAGUACCUCAAGAUCACUGAACUGGCCAGUUUCCUACUUCAUCAACACCUUCAUCUGCACAAUGUUCGUUUCCUUAUGUCCAUUUGGUUCUGCUCUUUCUAAGUUGGCUGUGAGUUGCGUUGUGACCACUGGAUUUUUAUGUAGCUGUAUGUGUCGUAUGAUUAAAAGCUGAUGCAAGCCAAGAAACAAACAGUCAUCCUUUCUGUUUCCUCU